UCUCCGGCGCCCCGCACCAACAUGUCCAGCGCCUCCGGGUGAGCGCGGCCGCCCCGAGUCGGCCGUUGCUGGGCAUGCUCCCUGAGUGCCCCGCACCAAUAUGGCGGGCGUCCUCGCUGGGGUGACUCUAAUUCUCGGUUUUCGGCUCUAGCCGGCCGGUGCUCAUUUCUCUUCGGAAAGCUCUGAGCGCGUGGUGGGGCCAGGGAAAGGCAGGGUGGGUGCGGGGGUGAAAGGUGAGAGGGGACUGCAGGCAUCCAGGCCGGCUCCUGGCGGCAGGAAGAUGGCUGAGGGCCGGCGGCAGUCGCAGCCAGAUUCUUCGGAGGAUAUCCCUCCAGCCACUCAGAACUUCAUCAUUCCAAAAAAAGAGAUCCACACUGUUCCAGACAUGGGCAAAUGGAAGCGUUCUCAGGCGUACGCUGACUACAUCGGAUUCAUCCUCACCCUCAACGAAGGUGUGAAGGGGAAGAAGCUGAGCUUCGAGUACAGAGUCUCCGAGGCCAUUGAGAAACUGGUCGCUCUUCUUAACACGCUGGACAGGUGGAUUGACGAGACUCCUCCAGUGGACCAGCCCUCUCGAUUUGGGAACAAGGCCUACAGGACCUGGUAUGCCAAACUGGACGAGGAAGCAGAAAACUUGGUGGCCACAGUGGUCCCCACCCAUCUGGCAGCUGCUGUGCCUGAGGUGGCUGUUUACCUGAAGGAGUCAGUAGGGAACUCCACGCGCAUCGACUACGGCACAGGACAUGAAGCUGCUUUUGCUGCUUUCCUCUGCUGUCUCUGCAAGAUAGGGGUGCUGCGAGUGGACGACCAAAUAGCCAUUGUCUUCAAGGUGUUCAAUCGGUACCUUGAGGUUAUGCGGAAGCUCCAGAAGACGUACAGGAUGGAGCCGGCCGGCAGCCAGGGCGUGUGGGGCCUGGAUGACUUCCAGUUUCUGCCCUUCAUCUGGGGCAGUUCGCAGCUGAUAGACCACCCGUGUCUGGAGCCCAGGCACUUUGUCGAUGAGAAGGCCGUGAACGAGUGCCACAAGGACUACAUGUUCCUGGAGUGCGUCCUGUUUAUCACCGAGAUGAAGACAGGCCCCUUUGCAGAGCACUCCAACCAGCUGUGGAACAUCAGUGCCGUCCCCUCCUGGUCCAAAGUGAACCAGGGUCUCAUCCGCAUGUAUAAGGCCGAGUGCCUGGAGAAGUUCCCCGUGAUCCAGCACUUCAAGUUCGGGAGCCUGCUGCCCAUCCAUCCGGUCACGUCGUGCUAGUGCCCGCCCUCCCCCACCCCGGCUGUGGCCCCCUCCCCACCCCCUCCCUGUGUUCUUUCUGUUUGAUGAGAGGCUGUUUACUGGGGUGGGUGGUGAGCGUGGGCUUGAGGGAGGUUCAGGGCAUAAGGCUGAACGACCCAAGGUGGGAGAAGUGACCAAAGUGUGGCCAGUUUCCUGACUUGCCCUGUGGCGGACGGGCAAGGAGAGAGGGGCGGGUGCAGGGUCCCUGGGCCCCCUCUCCUCCCUGUUCAGUCCCAUUUGAGAGCAGGCUGUCCGGGCCACUGUGGGGAGGGAGGUGUGUGCAGUUGCCCUUGCUUUCCCUUGCCAGGUUGUCUUUCUAGGGGUUGGAGCAGCUGUUCCCCACGCCGGGGGUCAACUUCCCGAGCCCUGUUUGGGUGGGUGUCUGGGUGUCCUGAGGGCUGGACGCUGAGGCUGGCGGCCAGCCCGGGGGUGGGGGUGGGGGAAGCCUUGGCUGUUCUGGCCGGUGACCCUCCCAGCUCGUCCUCACGCCUGCCCGCUGGGCCCGUGGGCACCUGUGUCCAGUGCCUCAUCCUUGCUUUUCUGCUCUUUGGCUCUUGCUUCAAGGGUGGCCUCUGGAGGGCGCCGGCAGGGCUAGCUCACCGGCGGAUUGGGUGAGGCCUGCCUUUCCAGAGCUCUCCCUGGCUGGGAGGGGGUGGCAGAAGCUCUGAAGGAAGGGGGGUGGGCUCGGGGCCAGUGUGGCCGCGGGGAACCUGGGCUCACCCUCACGCCCCUCGCUGCUGCUGCUUCCCUCUAGCUGGGCGGUGGGUGAGUGCGCCGCAGGAGGGCUCCGAAAACAGCAGCCCACUCCCUUCGCCCUCCCACCGCCCGGGACUCUGCCUGCUGGAGUUCCAGAAUGGGCUCCGACGACCAGCAGGAGCUGGGCCGGGCAGGCCCACCUGGGGGGUGAGGGGGUGCUGGGAGCUGCAGGCCAGUUCCAGAAUGUUCUUCUGCGGGGGGCGCUGCUCCCAGGCCUGGGUCUCGCAGACUCUUCCCUGCCCAAGCCCAGGUCGGCCCGUCUCCACCGCCCCCUCCCCGUAUCUGGGUCCACACAGCCUUUGGGAAGGGGGAGCACCCGAGAAGCACAAUUCAGGGGCUUGGCCUUCAGGUCUAGGCCGACGGCCUGGGCAGAGGCUGGGACACGAGCUGCAGGAGUCACAGCAAUAGUUUUCCUAGGAAAGGCUCGGUCCCUCCCUCCCUCCCUCCCUCCCAGGGUCCAGACCGCAGCUUCCUGGCCCCUCCUUCCCUGUGCCCCCUGGGCCCCAGCCCUUGGCGCCUUCAUUGCUCUUCAGAUUAAAGCCUCUCUUUACACCUGUCA